ACACUCUGCGGGCCUCACCUUCUCCCUGUAGGCCGUCUCGUCGUUGUUGGUAAUCAAGCCUACCACUGUAGUGUCGUCACUGGUGGGAGUCACGUGGUGGCCAGUAUUGUGUUAAUAUCACACUGUGGUUGACUGAUAAAGAGUUUCACUUCCAUAAAUCACACAGACACAGGACAGUGCAGGGAGAAGACACAGGUACAGAUGUACAUUAGAGUUGAGGUUAGAAGUAGAAGUUACUGUAUUUGACCACAAGUUUGUUAAGAUGUCAGAGGGAGUCUAUGAAAACUCAGAACGAUUUAAAGACGAUGAGCCUGAUGCAAUGAAGAACAAAGACAUUGAUGGCCAAUUAUAUGCCAACGUAAGAGCCUUCAAACCCAGUACAAGAGAUGGAGUUGUUGCUUCAGUACAUGUUCAGUGGUGGAAGAGACCCUCUGGAGUUGCUGCAGUGUGUCUGGGGCUGCUGUGUGUUCUCCUACUGGCUGGGAUCAUAGGCCUGUCUGUUCAAUACAGCAACGUCUCAAAGAACUCAUCUGCAGCGAUAGACCAGCUACAGACCAGUUAUAACACCAUAACUAAAGAGAGAGACCAGCUACAGACCAGUUAUAACAACAUGACUAAUGAGAGAGACCAGCUACAGACUGAGAAAGUGUUUCUUAAAAUGAGGCUGACCAAUCUCAAACGAACAUGCCCUGAAGGCUGGCAGAAGUUUGAAUCAAGUUGGUACUUCCUGUCUACUGAGACUAAAACCUGGGAGGAGAGCAGAGAGGACUGUCUGGAGAGAGGAGCAGACCUGGUGAUCAUAAACAGUGAUAAGGAACAGACUUUUCUCUUCAAUCUCAACAAGGGAGUCUGGAUUGGUCUGACUGACUCUGUUAAGGAGGGGACCUGGAAAUGGGUGGACGGCACCCCACUGACCACAGGGUACUGGUAUUACCCAUGUCCUGAUAAUGCAGGUCCUACUCAGAACGAGGACUGUGUUGAGAUACGUAAUGACCAGCUUCCUCUAAAGGCAUGGAACGACUUGUCAUGUGACAGCCAACUCAACUGGAUUUGUGAGAAAGCGUUUUAACAUCACCAUGACAACAUACUGUAACACAUACAGCAGCCUACAGUGCACAGAACUUCCUCCUUCAUUCUCUCUCUCUCUCUCUCUCUCUCUCUCUCUCUCUCUCUCUCUCUCUCUCUCUCUCUCUCUCUCUCUCUCUCUCUUUCUCUUUUUCCCUCUUUCUCCCU